AUGAACCGUGUUCCCAUCGAGUCGCAGCGAGUUGAUGCGCCACUGACGCAGUCAGCAACCUUCUUGGUGUUAUCCAUCAAUGACACGCCCGAAGCGACCCGUAUCGUGCGUUCCACGCUCUCUAGUUUGAACAGCAUGGCCAAGAACGUCGCCAUUCGUGAUCUUAGCGCGUCAUUCUCCUGCACUGUGGGCAUAGGUAGCGAUGCAUGGGAUCGAGUCACUGGCCUUAAGCGCCCUGCGGAGCUGCAUCCGUUUGCUACAGUCCGUGGCGCCGUGCAUACAGCCGUAUCCACGCCGGGGGACAUUCUAUUUCAUAUUCGGGCAGAGCGCCGCGAUUUGUGCUUUGAGUUCGAGCGACAACUUUUAGAUCGUUUAGGCGAUUCGAUUACUGUCGUAGACGAAACCGUUGGGUUUCGUUAUUUCGACGUUCGUGAUUUGCUAGGCUUCGUCGAUGGCACGGCAAACCCAGUGGGUCCCUCUGUCCCACAGUCUGUUCUCGUUGCAGACGAGGACUCUGCCGGAGAGGGAGGCAGCUAUAUUGUUGUGCAGAAAUACGUUCAUGACUUGAAAGCAUGGCGAACUCUACAGACGGAGACACAAGAGGCAAUUAUCGGCCGGACGAAGCUGGACAACAUCGAGUUAGAUGACGCACAGGAGGGCAAGCAAGCAUCACACAAGACUCUAGCCACCAUUGAAGACGCUGAUGGUUCUGAGCGCGACAUCUUACGGGACAAUAUGCCAUUUGGAUCCCCAGGCUCGAGCGAGUUUGGCACCUACUUUAUUGGCUAUACACGACGAUUAUGGGUUAUUGAGAAGAUGCUGGAGCGCAUGUUCAUUGGGAACCCGCCUGGAUUGCAUGAUCGGCUGCUGAACUACUCGACACCGUUGACAGGCACCACAUUCUUCGCGCCAUCAACGAGCUUCUUGGAAAGUUUGGGUGAUGAUUAA